AUUUUACCAUCUUACCAAGCAACUUUGGACGUCACGUCUCCCAACACGAUAUAGGAUCCGUACAUCUGGAUCCUUCUGGCAUACUCUAGUAUCUGUCCGAACAAAACACCAAAUGUGCAGCAGUCAGACUCGGGUUUUCUUUUCCUCCUCUUGCGCUGCUGCUCGAACCUUCACACCCACCCUCUUCUGCGACCGCACACGGAGAACCGCCCUUAGUUUGCGUAUUCCACGGUGAGCAGGCACCGGCCUGGGCUCUAUCCCCUCCACACUACUACCCCACUCUAAGUCGACGUCACGAACAUGUACGGCCCACAGUAUCCCACGCAGCCCCCAGGCUACAUGCCCCGCGACUACCACCACCGCACCACCCCGCCAAUUUCCCCAGGCGCGAGCGCAAACUACUACUCGCCUCGCUAUGGCAUGCCCUCAACUCCUCGCGCCAGCCCAGGUGUCAAGGGCCACGCGCGCCGCGCAUCGACCGCCGUACCACAGCAGCAUUAUUCGCAUGCUCCAGCGCAGGGACCUAUGCACCCUAUGGCAGGCGCAUACCCUACCCCGCGAGCAACGCCCGAAUAUGUAAGUGGUUUCGAUUACGAUUACGUCUACGUUCGCCCUCGAAGGGCCCGUCGCGACACAGACGCCUCUCCUCUCAAGCACCCCACUUGCGAGAAGAAGCGUCGCCCGUCACAGUCGGCGCACUACGUCCACAGAGUCUUCUACGACGAUGGUUACGGGGUUGAAUACGAGGUCGAAGACGAUGUCUACCGUCAACCGCCACCACCGUACAAACAGUACGAACGAUACGACACGUAUGGGGAUGCUGAUCGCUUUUGUUAUGAUCAGGUCCCAAUAUAUGAAGAGCCAAAGCCUCGUACUCGACGUGCUUCCCACUCCACACGCGCGCCACCGCCGCAAGAGAAGACACCCAAGCGCCCCACGGGUACCAAGACCGCAUCCAAGGCUACCGAAGAGGAUGCGCGCCGCGCUGGUAUCCCUGCUGGCUACUCUUACAAGAACUGGGACCCCAGCGAGGAACCCAUCAUGCUCGUCGGCAGCGUCUUCGAUGCCAACUCACUCGGCAAGUGGAUCUACGACUGGACCGUUUUCUACAACGGUCCUGCCACCCCUCUCGCCGAGAUGGCCGGUGAACUCUGGCUCCUACUUAUUCAACUCGCCGGCAAAGUCAAGAGAGCAGAGGAGAACAUGAGCAAGAUCCGCAGAAAGGAAAACGCCGAGAUGGUUGAAGACUUCCUCAUGAGCGGCGAGCGUCUUUGGAUCCGCUUCGCCAAGCUCCUCAAGACAUGUGAAGAUUUUAUGUGGAAGGCCGCGAAGAAGGAGAGCGGCGAGAAGAAGCCCGUUUCUAUGGGCAAGAACAGUGGUCGCGAAUUUGUUGAGUCCAUCUUCGGUCGCGACCGCGAGCUUGAGAAGACUGAGAAGCUCAUGACUGGCAUGCGUCUCUGGAGCAUGCGUUUCGAUGCCAACUGCGAAGAGAUCCUUCGCCACCCUUCUGCUUAGCAUGUUUCAUGUUGCCAUUGCCCGGACGCAAUGGCACUGGUGUUGGUCUGGCCUGUUGCACUGCACUGCUAUUCUUUGUUUUGCGCCCUACUUGCUCUUUACGCGAGAUACCCUUUCUUGCUGUCUAAUUGUUAAUUCUGCUGCAUCUUCUGCUCUGGACGAUUCUCAUACUGUAACACUAGUUUCGGGUCGACAUACGGAAGGGUCACAGCAUCUGAGCGGGUCACAGGAAAAGUCACUUUCAUUGCGACAAUACCCCCUUUCUUACUCUAUUGGUUUUACAUCCUCGCACAGCAUGGUGUUCAGGCUGGCAGGGUCCAGAUUCUCCUUCUGUCUUUGGGUCAGCAACUAGAUCUGACAUGGAACCUACACCAUCUCAUUGGAUUGGGCCUCGCGGUCAGAAGUAGUAUACCCUUUUUAUCAGCAUAUUAUUUAUCAAUAUCAGUAGUUAUCUCCCA